AUGACCAAACCACAAUUCAAGCUGAGCGACCUGUUGGACGCCACAGUCAACUCCACCAACGCUUUACCGAACCAGAAGAGGUUCUCCCAGAUUUUAGUUGUACUCCAGAAAAUCCCAACCGCCGCUGAGUCGCUCGCUUCUUUACUCCAAAGCAAGAUGCGAGCAUUUUUAAAGCGUCUUGUUUUGAAGCGAGAAAUGUAUUUUGUUUUGAAACUGAUUGACUUUCUAGUCACUUCAUCUGAGAAGUUUAGAGCGUGUGUGUUUACUCAACAAUUUAUCAAACUGAUUGUGUCUGUAUAUUCAAUGAAAGAGAUCAUUCAACUUUCUUCUAAACCUACUAUUGUUCAAAUAAAGGCAGCAGAAGUUUUUACACACUUUUCUUCCUUCCAAAAUUUCGCUCCUUUAUUACCUCUCGUUCCAAAAAUCACAAUCUCGACCUCUCAGAGUUUUCUCUUUCAACCGUCGUGCGCAAUCUCCGGAAUUUCUAUUGAUGACGCAAACGAGAUCGUCUCACUUUCUCAAGACGCAAUUGAUGAUGAGGUCAAAAACAAAACGUUGAAGGAAAAAACAAAAACGCAAUUUCUGGAUAAUUUGAAAUUUUUGUCAUCUCAACUUAAUCUCCCCGACUCUCAUAUCUCCACAAACCAGAAAGAGUUGGUUGAAAAGGUCAUCAAAACAAUAGAAAAUUCAGAAGUUGAGACAGACUCACUCAAAAGAACAUUUUCUGUUCAUGAGAACAUUGCACAAGCAAAAAUCCAGUUCUCGAAACGAAGAGCAACUUCUCUUACUAUUGACAGACAUAGUAAUGAAUUUGAAAGACUCGAGAACAUGUACGAAAAUUAUCAGAAGCUUUUUGCAAGUCAUUCUUAA